AUGGCAAAGGAGCAACCUCGGCAGAGGAAGCAAGCAUGGCUGCCCCUACAGAAAAGAACAGAGUCAAACACAAAAGUGAAACUCACAAAGUGUGGAAAGAUUACCCUGGGUAUCAUAAUUGUGAUUGCUGUAGUAACCAUUGGACUCAUUAUUCAUUUCGUCACUCGUGGAAAAACAUUUUUCUAUUAUCACAUCAGCUUUAAAGUCAAUAACAUUGACUAUGACAGAAAGUUUGAAAAACCAUAUUCACAAGAAUAUGUGGACCUAAAUAAAAAGAUAGUGUCUUUGAUAAAUGAAACAUUUCAUGGAUCAAAACUGAGAAGACAGUAUGUCAAAUCCCAUGUUGUCCAAGUAAGCAGAGCCAAAGGGAAAGUGGUAAUACAUUCUGUGCUGAAGUUUAUAUUCUGCUGUAAAAAUAAGGCAGCAAAAUUUCGGGAUAAGAUCGAAACCAUUUUAUAUCAGAAGUUAAAUGGUGAAACUGGGUGUUUACAUAUAGAUUCUUCUUCAUUGAGAGUCUCAGAAAUGGAAAUGUCGACAGCAGAAAAUCUUCUUAAUACCUGUUGUGGACAACGCACAAUAACUUUCUCUGGCAACAGGAUAGCAGGGGGCACGGAUGCCGAGGAAGGGGAAUGGCCCUGGCAAGCUAGCCUUCAACAGAACAGUGUCCACCGAUGUGGAGCCACUCUGAUUAGUAACAAUUGGCUUGUCACUGCUGCUCACUGUUUCAUAAGGAAUAAUGAUCCCAAAACAUGGAAUGUUAGUUUUGGGCUUCUUUUAAGUGAUCCAAAAACACAACGAAAUAUCAAGAAUAUUAUAAUUCAUGAAGACUACCAUUACCCUGCACAUGAGAAUGACAUUGCUAUUGUGAAUCUUUCUUCACCAGUAUUAUAUACAAGCAACAUUCGAAGAGCAUGUCUUCCAGAAGCUAAUUAUACAUUCCCACCCAAUUCAGAUGUGGUGGUCACUGGAUGGGGAACAUCAAAGACUGAUGGAACAAUUCCUAAUAUACUCCAAAAAGCAACUGUGAAGAUUAUAGAUAAUAAGACCUGCAAUAAGGAAGAGAUAUAUAGUGGUGUGAUCACACCUGGAAUGCUGUGUGCUGGGUUUCUGAAGGGAAAGGUGGAUGCCUGCCAGGGUGACUCUGGUGGACCUCUGGUUAAAACAGAUCAUAAAGGCAUUUGGUUCCUUGUUGGCAUUGUAAGCUGGGGAGAUGAAUGUGCUCUUCCAAACAAGCCUGGUGUCUACACUCGAGUAGCCUACUAUCGAGACUGGAUCAUGGCCAAAACUGGUCUCUAG